AUGCCACGCAACAAUGUCAGCGAAGAUGAUGAGCCGCUGCAAGACACGACGGCUGCCCUGACCCUCCGAAACAAGAAGACGGAGCGCAUCAAGCGCAAGAAUGCCUCGCGGCAGCAGAAGCGCGAAGCCAUUGUUAACCUCUCCAAGUUUCCUACAGAGCUGCUCCUCGAAUGUCUCCAGUACCUCCGUCCCCGCGAUGUUUUCAAUUUCAGCUUUGUCAACCGGCGAUUCUACGAGCUCGUCGAGGCAAACGCCCAUGUCAUUGGCGAUGCCAUUAUUGCCCGCCGUUACAGCAUCCUCGCAAAGUGCCUCCCCACGCCCAAGCUACUCGCCGACGUCGAUGUUGCCGUGCAAGUCCUUCUGAUAGACCCCAGCCGCCAAAAGCAACUCAGUAUACACAACCGGCCGUACCAACACAUUCUCUCACCUGACCCGCACGACCUGUGCACCUGUCUCACGUGUAUCCUCACAUGGAACAACCUCGGUCUCGUGCUCGACUUUUCACAUUGGCAGGACCAUCUCGAUAGAGGUAAACCGAUUCCCGUCAUACCCCGGGGACACUCGCCAGAGUGGAACCAGCUGCUUGUUGCCCGCCACGGCCGCAUCGCACGCAAAGCCAUUGAAAAUUCACUUUGGUACGCCGCCAUCCUGGCGCUGCACCUUGACAGCACUGUGCGCGCCAUACGGCGUCACUCCAAGAACAGGGGUAAUAAGCGUGUGCAUGUUGAAAUGACGGAAGCGGAGGCCAUGUCUGGAACGGACCAUUUCUUGUCGAAACACGGACCUCCCAGCCUUGAAUUCCCAUACCAGAGAGACGAGUACUAUAUGCUUGAAGCAUACCUGCCCAAUCGGUGGUGGAAGAAAUCCGAGGAAUAUUGGUUCUACACCAUAUUCGGCCAGCACGAGCGCGACCUAGAACUGGUGCAGCGAUUUGCCAAAAGUGAUCAGCUGGCGCUCCUCAAUCAUGCUAUGGCUUCGAUUGAUGCCGACAAUUGGAUGACGGACGUGCUAGACUACAAAACUUUCAUGUUGCCUACUGGUGCUGCCAAGUCAUCGUCAGCCAGUACAUUGAGAUACUAUGCUGCCAUUGUGUAG